AUGGGUAUGACUGUCUGCUUACCUAUAUUGCACAUACUAAAAUAGGACAUUUCUUAUAAAAGAUUUGAUCAGAUUUGUAUAGCCAUGUAAGAUUAAAAUAUAUUUUGAAAUGGGAAGUGUCCAGCUCAAUAGGGUGGAUGGACGGACGGAUGAACAAACAUUUUGGUAUGCAGCAGGUGGUGAUGGAGGUGUGGCUGGUUGUUGCCAUCCUCUAUCUUCCCACUCUCACGCAAUGCAGCCCACUGUUUGUAAUGUCGGCUCCUAACCCGCUGAGGGUGGGCGCCCCAGAGAAGGUGUUUGUGGAGGCACAGGAUUACGCUGGAGGUGCUUUUGACAUCACAGUCAGGGUGAAAGACUUCCCAUUCAAGACCAAGCUGUUGGCCGAGCAGACAUUACAGCUAAGCCAGAACAACAACUAUCAAGCACUGGCAGAAAUCACAAUCCCGAUGGGAGAUGGUGUCUUCGAUGACGACAGAGGCGUAAACCAGUAUAUGUAUCUGAUAGCCCAGUUUCCAGGGAAGGUGAUGGAGAGAGUGGUGCUGGUGUCUUUCCAGUCCGGAUACAUCUUUGUACAGACUGACAAGACCAUAUACACACCAUCCAGCACUGUUCGCUAUAGAAUCUACAGCCUGGAUGUCUCCAUGAAACCUUCAGAAGAGCCAGUAACUGUGGAUGUAGUGGAUGCGGAAGGGGCAGUAGUAAGCCGGGAGGAUUUGACCCCACACAAGGGUGUCUGCUCAGGAGAUUACAAACUUCAAGCCUUCGGCAGCACUGGGACAUGGACAAUUGUGACUAGAUUCAAAAGUACACCACAGAAUAACUUCACUUACAACUUUGAGGUGAAGAACUAUGUCCUGCCCCAAGUGGAGAUUAUGCUGUCACUUCAGAAGUCCCAUUUCUACAUCGACGAUGAGGAACUCAUGGUGAAUAUCACUGCCAGGUACUUGAACGGGAUGGAGGUGACUGGUGCUGCCUUCAUUGAGUUUUCAUUGCAACAUCUGGAGACAGACCACAGGAGUGUAGCAGUAGCAACUCAGAGAGUGAAGAUCAAUGGAGGCAUGGGACAUGCAGCAAUGACAAGACAGCACCUCCUACAGGUGUCUCCUGGUACUGAUGGCAUACAGCAUCUCACUGGAGCACUCAUACAUGUCAAUGUGACCGUGGUUAGCCAAACAGGCUAUGAAACAGCACAUGCUAACAGUGGCAUUCAAAUUGUCACAUCUCCUUACACCCUUCACUUCAAGAAGACACAUACAUACUUCAAGCCAGGAUUACUAUUUGAUGUCAUGCUGUUGGUGCGCAAUGUGGAUGGUUCCCCAGCGGAGGGCGUCCAGAUGCAACUCUCAAACAGGAAGUCAUCAGAUGACAUCACAGGCACUACAGGAAGUAAUGGACUGGUGAAGCUAACGGUCAACACCGACAUUGCAGACUCCUCACUGGCCAUUACUGCUACAACAAAGGACCCCGAUCUCAUUGAUGAGCGUCAGGCGAGGCAGAGCAUGACAGCGUUCCCGUACGAGUCCACGACCGGCUCCAAGAACUACCUACACAUCGGCAUCAGUGAUACUGAGCUCAUGCUUGGAGACCAGGUCAAGGUUGACCUGAUCGUCAAACGAAGCCCUGGAGUAGAGAACCAAGACCUCACUUACCUUAUCCUGAGCAAAGGUCAUCUCCUGCAGGCAGAGAGGAUAAAGUCACAGGGCCAGUCUGUGGUGUCCUUGAGCCUAACAGUGACCAAGGACAUGGCCCCCUCCUUCCGCAUCGUGGCCUACUACCAUGUGGGAUCCUCUGAGGUGGUGUCAGACUCAGUCUGGGUGGACGUCAAGGAUACAUGCAUUGGGAAGCUGGUAGUGAAACAAUCUGGACCAGGUGAAGUGUACUUUCAAACGCGCCUGGAGAUCACUGGAGACCCAGGGGCCAAAGUGGGACUAGUGGCUGUGGACAAGGGCGUCUACAUCCUCAACAACAAGCACAGACUCAGCCAGACCAAGAUCUGGGAUGUCAUUGAGAGACAGGACACUGGCUGCACGGCUGGCAGUGGUGAAAACAGUAUGGAGGUUUUCUACGACGCUGGGCUACUAUUUGAGACCAGUACCGCGGGAGGAACCAACUCACGAACAGGCUAUCGCUGCCCCUCUCAUCAAAGAAGACAACGCUCUCUUGAAGAUGAUGACAAAGAUGCAGUAAUAGACAUCUUGGAUGACGUAAUUCCGCGAUCACACUUCCAGGAAAGCUUCUUUUGGAGCAUGGAGCAGCUGCCAAUAUGUGCCUAUGGUGAACAAAACUGUAGCAGUGUGUCUGUGACUAGGGACAUCACCGUGACUGAGGGCCUCUCCGGCUGGGUCAUCUCAGCAGUCAGUCUCUCAGAGGCAAGUGGCCUUUGUGUUGCGGACCCCAUUGAGAUCAGCAGGACGAAGGCCCUGUUCACGCUGGACCUGAAGGUUCCUGCGUUCUCUAAAUGCAACGAGCAGCUGGAGGUUAUGGCCAUCCUGCACAACCCAGAGGAUGAAGAUAUCAAGAGCCACAUACAGAUGUGCUGAGCUACCUGGAAGGUUGUGGGUUCAACCCUUAAGAGGCAGACUGUCCAGGAUGGCCUCUGUCUAAUUGUUGUACAAUGCAACUCAAUCUACAGCAUG